AAAGGCAGCGGACUAGCUAACCCAGAAGAGGAGCGACUGAAGACACGGCUCAGCAUCAGCACCAGCACCGACACCAGUCCCAAAUACAGAAAAAUAAAGAAAAAUACCCGCCGAUAUCCGCCAGAAACGCCCGCAGCUACGAGGCAGAAGACUGCAGGAAAGAGUUCAGUAAUCAUGUACGAUGCAGCGAGGGUGCCAUCUCCUAAGGAUGGUGCAGAUGGGAUGGCCCAACCAGUGGUCCCCGGAGCAGGAGCUGGAACAGCUGCAGGAUCAGGAGCACCCACGCCAACUGCAGUCCUACAAGUUAAAGCUGAGGAGGGACAGCUAGGUACGGAGGAGGAGGAGGAGGAGCCCACAGCAGAGCCUGUCCUGGUGAAGAAGCCACACAGAGAGAUUCUGGAUCAUGAGAGGAAGAGGAGGGUAGAGCUCAAAUGUAUGGAGCUGCAGGAGAUGAUGGAGGAGCAGGGGUACACAGAAGAAGAGAUUCGACAGAAAGUGAGCACAUUCAGACAAAUGCUGAUGGACAAAGAGGGCGUUAUCACCAGAGAGGGCACACACACUCAGCCAAUGGUCAACCACCUACGCUAUGAGCCUGAUGAUUAUGAAGAGGACCCUGAGUUGGCUGGCUAUGAAGAUGGAGACUAUGAGCAGGAUUACAACAGUGACAACAGAGUGAAGAGGAAAUCAAGCAGCUCUCCAUCCCCUCGUCCAAAGAAAAGGAAGAAGAAGAAAUCUGGCCGCCGAAGGAGUCGGUUUGGCAGCUCGUCACCAACUCGCAGAGAGAAGAAGAAAAAGAGUGGGAAGAAACACAAGCGAGACAGAUCUGCAUCUGGCUCCAGGAAAAAGAGGAGAUACAGAUCGGGCAGCCCAAAGAACAAACACAAAGACAAGAAUAAGCAGAAAAAGAGGUCCCCUGGUGAGACCCCAGGUAGGAGCUCACAGCGUCAAGGCAGCUGCUGCAGCUCCCGCAGUGCAUCCCUGUCCUCCACCCGGAGCACCUCCAAAUCUCCCACCAGACUGAACUCCAAGCACAAGACGGACGGACAAAAGGCGUCCGGCACCUCGCUGUCCCCGGGCCCCAAAAGUUCUGCCACGUGGCACAACGGGGACCACACCCAGCGAAGCCGCAAUGGCAAGGCCAGCAGACUCAACCACGCCGAGGGCGAGAAAGGGCACGAUAAGCUCCAUCUGCUGACUGCUAGCACUGCAAGCAUCCAGUCCACUCUGCUGAGAGAGCACAAGCUCCACAGCGCCCCCAGCAGGAGCCAAACAGGACCGAUGUGUGCAGCAGGAGAGGCUGGGAGUGUGGACGGCAGGAACACAGCUGUAGGGAGCUCCGUAACCCAGACGCCGGGGAGGAGAGGGAGCCAGAGAGGCCAGAAUAAGAGCUCCCACUCCCCCGCUCACAGCAGCGACUCAGCCCACUCCCAGCACAACCACACUCACAGAGGGAGGAACUCUCGGCACCAGAGAAAGACAAAGGGUGGCCACUCUUCCAAGCGUCACCACCGCUCCAGUCGGGCUCAGGCCCACCAUCGGAGCCCGUCAGCGUCUCCAGGACGACACUCACACGCCUCAGGCAGGAAGAGAGAGGAGUCUCGGAGCAAACCCAACCUCCGACAGCGCAGCAGCUCCUGGAGCAGCGGGCGUUCAUCCUCGCACUCUGCAUCCAGAGACAGAGGCCCCAGCAAGGCCAAGUCCCCACACAACAGACAGAACAACUCCAGGGAGAGGGACAGCCCUAACCGUUCCGACACAGACAGCCGAGCUCGCCGCCGCUCACGCAGCUACUCACCCAUUCGCAAAAGGAGAAGAGAUUCACCCAGCUUCAUGGAGGCUCGCAGGAUCACCAGCGCUCGGAAGCGGCCGAUCCCAUACUACCGGCCCAGUCCUUCCUCGUCCAGCUACGACAGCAGCCCGUCACGGUCCAGUCGCAGCCGUAGCCGCAGCUACAGCAGCUACAGCCGCAGCAGAAGCCACAGCCGGAGCCACAGCAGGAGCCGGAGCCGGAGCUGGAGUCGGAGCCGCAGCCAGAGCCGGAGCCGGAGCUGGAGCCGCAGCAGGAGUCGCUCCCGCAGCCACCACAGUUACUACAGCCGCAGCAGCUACGACAGCCCCGGCUUCUGAACCCUCAGCUCAGGAGGCAAAAGAAAAACAGACGAGAGGUCCCGUUAAACUGACUGUGCUCCUGUUCAGUUAUCAUGUAUCCUUAAGAAAAGCCCUUGACAGUGUCCACACUGCUGUACAGUUGAGGGCUCAAACUCCUCGACCCACAUCCAUUAUCCCUGUCUAAUACAGAGCCUGGAUCAAAGAGGAGAAAUGUAUUUUGAUAGAGCACAUUACUAUGAAAUUGGGUGUCACUGUUCAUGUCUUCACAUAUCCAAGGUAUUCAAGGAAAUGGGUUACCACACGUCAAACUAUUUGGUAGAGCCCAAAGAACAAAUCUUGCUGUAUAGUUAAGUUAGCACUUUCUUUCUCUUCUUCCACAAAACAACCAAAAAUGAAUUCAUUAAAAACUAUAUGCUAUAUAAAUAUUUAUAUGUGUAUCCUAAAAAAUUGGAGCUGAGUAGAAGACAAAAAGAGGACACAUCAAUGGCUUAGUGUACAUUUCAGAGCCUUGUUUUCCCUUAUCAUGCACUCAUCUCCCCAAAGACUUCCAUUUCACAGCAGCACAGAGAUCAACAAAAGCGAGAACAAAAGAAAAGUCAGCAGAUGAAAUAGGAAGCAAAAAAAAAAAAAAAAAAAAUCAAAACUAAACUUUUUUUUAAUGAUUAAAAUUGUAUUGUAUAGGUUUGUCUGUAUAGAUGUAAACUCCUUUAAGUUCUGGCUUUGUAAACUAUGCACUGUAUAUUCCAUAUAGUUUGAGGAGGUUUGUCUAGCAUGAUGCAUCAGGAGACACUUGCUGCUCGUAGGAGAGAACGUUUGUUGAAAUUAAAGAUGCCGGGGUGCAUCUGUGCUCCCUCUGACCUAUACAGUAUGUCAGACACCUGCAUACAGAGGUGAAUGGGGAAAAACAUGUAUUAUGUACUUUUAGUCUUUUUCCCGGUUUAAAUGAUUAUGUUGAUUCUGCUAAUCCUGUUUGAGUGCGUGUGCGUGUGUGUGUGCGUGUGUGUGUGUGUGUACCUCCUCUGCAAUGACCAGUGAGGUAAUUGUUUGUGUAUCCACUGUAGCCUGCUUCAGAGGCUGCUGUAUGGUACUGUACAGGAAAACUUUCUGCAAAAAGUCUCCAUGCACACAUUUGUGUUGACCACAGCUAUUUAUGGAUCUACUGUAUUUAUUAGUUUAUUUAUUGGGUUAUUUAUUAUUUAAUGCAUUUCGCCUUGAGCUGUAAAGCAGCUGGUUCAUGCUUUGACGAUGAGAUUGCUGCAGAGGUAUUCUCAUGUUUAACACAAAGUUGGUUUCUUGUGGCGAAGGUUUUGUUUCGCUCUCAGAUUUAGCGAGCAGUGUGUAGACUGACUGCUGUGUGUUUAAGACGCUCUGAUUUUACCCAGUGGAACUGAGUCCUCGCCCACAGUUACUCCCACGACUGCCAUUACGGCAACCCAGGCCCAUUGUAAGAGCCACUGUGGCUCUGCCUGUACUGAGAAGCAGAAGACCGGCCUGAAGCAGAACCAAAACGUCCACCCCCCCGUGUGGAGAGGACAGUCCGUUAUUCUUCUCUGCUGGAUGUUUCCAGCCACCACAUACUCCAGUCCCUGGUAUAAUGGGUCGCACCAUGUUCCUGAAGGUCCCCCUGGUUACCAGCUUCAAAAGGAAGACGUGCUGUAUGUAAGUUUAGCAUAGCAGAGACAUCAGCAGCUCUGUAAUGCCUCCUCUCUCCAGCUUCAGUAGUACGGUAAACAAACUGGCGAAGCAAUCAGGGAUCACCCAAAGUCUUCCUUACUAUUCGUCCAGUCUCAUAUCACUCACACAGCGUUGCAUUCCCAGUGUGACUUAACCCAACUAUAAUACUCUGCAAACCUGUUAAUUUAUUCAAAGUAUAGCAUUGCCCCUUUGGUUCUACAAGUCAUUCUUUGUAAUGUACAAGUUAUUAUACCUGACAAUAAACAGAA